UUACCAUGGUGAACGGUUUAGGCACUCUGUUGGUCAGUGGACUGAUAAUCGUCAGUGCAGCCAAGGCCCAACUGAAGGACGGGAGUGUCCUACAGGACUACGAGCGUCUGAUGGGGCUGCGCUCUCUGAGAGUCGAGUUUGCUGAACACUUCCGCAAUGCAUCUCUCACAGAAUUGGACAUAUUCCACUCCCGAAUACCCAGUCAAGAGGAUCUGUUGUGUCUCGCGGAUAUGGCUCAGUUCAUGCAGGCUGUCACUGAUGGACAAUUGUGGGCAGUGAAGAUGAUCGACGCUUGGGGCUCCAUUCCCUCGGGUCUACUGUACGGCAACUUCUAUGACUUGGGCAACUUCGAUGAGUGUCUUAGGAUAAGCAAGGUCAUCACCCAAGGUCACAGCAUUAAUGGAAAGUACUGUUUUCUCACCGUAUCAUUGGACGAAAUACUUGGAACUCAGAUUGAAGCAUUAAGACGAAUGCCAGCUAAGAUUGGAUCCUGCUUUCCGGCGUCUUGCUCUGCCGCUCAUAUGGAUACGUUUGUGGGUCAAUUUAUGCAGAAACUGCUCAACUCGAGCAGCACAAGCAUUAAAAUCAGCGAGACCAGCUGCCAGACAAGUGAGUCUAUUCCAUGGGAUGGCAUGACUAUAUUCACAGUUGUGAUACUUGGCCUGAUGGGUUCUGUCGUGGUGUUGAGCACCCUGUACGACUACUUCUUUUGUCAGGAUCCUGAUCGACUUCCUGUGGUGGCCAAGAUCUGUUCUGCUCGCAUCAGUUCCCGCGCUCUCUUUCGCGUCGUAGAGAGCAAAUCGAAUUCGAAUGUGAUCGACUGCCUGAAUGGAAUUCGAUGUUUGUCCAUCGCCUGGGUGGUUUUUUCCCAUGACUACCUGUUCUCGGUGUAUUCUCCCAACAUUAAUUUUGUUCAUGUGAUUUCGUGGGCUGAGGAACCGUUCAGUAGUUUUAUUUUGCACGGCGUUUUCUCGGUGGACUCCUUUUUCUUUCUUGGCGGCCUACUAGUGGCGAUGAUAGCUCUGCGCUCCAUGGAGAAAUCCAAUGGUAGUCUGAAUGCUCCGUUGAUGUAUCUCCAUCGACUUAUACGCAUCGCUCCCGUCCUGUCAAUGGCUAUUCUGGUCUACACGAAGCUCAUGCCUGUGGUUGCAGGCGGGCCGCUCUUCAGCGGUGGAUACAGUGGCACUGCCGCAUGUGAGAGCGAUUGGUAUUGGACUUUGCUGUUCGUCCAGAACUAUGCCACAUCGAAUAUUUGCAUUUCCCAUUCCUGGUACUUGGCCGUGGAUAUGCAGCUAUACAUCAUUUCUCCGCUUCUGCUGAUUGCUCUGUAUAAGUGGGGCAAGAAGGCAGCCGCGGGCAUUGUGGUGCUUGUGCUACUGCUCUCGUCCUGCCUCUUUGCCACCAUGAUGAUCAACAAGUACUCGAUGCUUCUGAAGAAUAGCACCGGUGAUGGUUCCGCGAAUAAAAAACUCUACUUUGCCACCCACCGGCAUGCUGCUCCUUGGCUGAUUGGAUUUCUCUUCGGGUACUUCUUGCACCUCAAUCGGGGGAAGAAGUUCCAGUUAAGCCGCAUUGCCGUGUGGUCUGGAUGGGUGCUUAGCCUUGCCAUGAUCUUCACAUCGAUCUUUGCAUUGUAUCCUGCUGCCCAGUGGAGUGCUCCACCUCUGUCCACCCUCGAGGAGUCUCUCUACUACACACUCACCCGAGUGGGCUGGCCAUUGGCCCUUUGUUGGGUCGUCUUCGCCUGCAUGCAGGGCCAUGGCGGUCUGGCCAACAGUUUCCUAUCCUCGCCAUUGUGGCAGCCUCUCUCGAGACUCUCGUAUUCCGUAUACAUCUGGCACAUGUUCUUGGUGGAGGUAAACACCAAAAACUCAAGAACCAAUACGUACUUCUCCGACUACAGUAUGAUGCUUAAGUUUUGGUCUGAUUUUGGAUUCACCGUUUUGAUGGCGUAUUUCUUUUACCUAAUCAUUGAGGCCCCUUUGGCAGGUUUCGACAGUCUUCUUCGACCCAAAGGAACUUCUAGGGCUAAAGCUCCUGUUCCCAGUUUAGAGACGAGAGAGCUAGAGGACCCCAAAGAGACGAAUACAUAAAUUUAAUUUACUGCGGCUGGUUAUAUUAUAGGAUUAGCCUACAUUUAUUUAUUUUUUGUUUUUGGUUCAAGUGGAAACUCUUGCAAAGCAUUCUCAAACGUUGAGCUGUUGGGGCAGGCCAUGCAUGGCAA